GGCGAAUUAGUUCCUUUCCCGCCCACUGGAGCCGCCGCCUCCUGGUCGGUACCCGAACGACAGAUCCUGCAGAAGGAGUCCUCCGGGUGGAACCAUGAAGGUCAAGUUCGCGCCGCUCAACAUCCCGUUGGCACAGCGCCUGCAGACCGCUGCGGUGCUGCAUUGGGUCCUGUCCUGGCUCCUGCUCGUGGAGGUAUCCAUUGGGAUCAUGGUGAUGCUGGUCCUAUACAACUAUUGGUUCCUUUACCUCCCGUAUCUGGCCUGGUUUUGCUACGACUGGCGAACCCCAGAGCAAGGAGGCAGGAGAUGUAACUGGAUCCAAAGCUGGACUGUUUGGAGGUAUUUUAAGGACUACUUUCCAAUACAUCUCGUCAAAACCCAGGAUCUGGAUCCAGGUCACAAUUAUAUAUUUGGGUUUCACCCUCAUGGAAUACUCGUGGCUGGAGGCUUUGUAAAUUUUUGUACAAAUUAUUCAGACUUCAAGAAGCUAUUUCCUGGCUUUACAUCAUAUUUCCACGUGGCCAAACUCUGGUUCUGCUUCCCAUUGGUGCGAGAAUAUCUGAUGAGUAACGGGCCAGUUUCAGUGACUAAGGAGAGUGUGUCUCAUGUGUUGAGCAAGGAAGGAGGUGGGAACAUUUCAGUCAUUGUCCUCGGGGGUGCCAAGGAGGCAUUGGAGGCCCACCCAGGAAGAUUUACCCUGUGCAUCCUCCAGCGCAAAGGAUUCGUUAAGAUUGCCUUGACCCAUGGUGCCAGUUUGGUUCCAGUGUUUUCUUUUGGUGAAAAUGAUAUAUAUAAGCAAAUUAACAACCCCAAAGGCUCCUGGCUUCGAACUCUACAAGACACAUUCCGCAAUGUAACGGGAGUAGCCUUGCCACUGAUCUAUGCCAGAGGAAUUUUCCAGUACAACUUUGGCCUAAUACCCUAUCGGAAACUGAUCUGCACUGUUGUUGGCCGCCCCAUCCCCGUUCGGCAGACUCUGAACCCGACCUCAGAGCAGAUUGAGGAGCUGCAUCAGACAUACCUGGAUGAGCUAGGGAAACUAUUCAAUGAACACAAAGGGAAAUACGGUAUUCCGGAGCAUGAAACUCUGGUUUUUGAAUAACUGUCUUCCUCGAAGGCAUAAUAAAGAAAGACAAGAAAGCAUUGUUGAGAAAAUAAAUAUUUUAAAUAAUUUCUCUG